GGCCCGCCCUGUGCCCUGAGGCCGCGCCACAGGCCCUGGCCAGAGCGAGCGCAGAACCUGCCCGGACUGCCGUGCCAGGGCCCUGCCCAGCGCAGCGGAGCCGCGUUCCCGCCGGGAUCGCUGCCAGGACAGCGCAGCAGAUGCAGAUGGAUAACUAGACAUCUAAUACGCCUGUUCAGAAGCCAUGAAUUCCAAAAAAUUACUCUCCGAAACACGGAGAACGUUUCCUGCUACUGAAGUACAGUGCCAGCAACCCUCGCGGACCCUCAUCGUGGAUGCCACGUCGCCCUCCUGGGCCAACACGUGCUCCGUGCUGUCGGAAGCGCUGGAGAACACGCUCUGCCUGGCGCGCGCGCUGGCGGGCCCCUGCCGCGUGCCCCUGCUCAGCGUCUACGCGGUGCAGCGCCAGCAGGAGUGUCUGCUGCCCUUCACGGCGGUGAGAGAGAGCUUCCCGCGCGUGCAGGCCUGCCUGUCGGAGCUGCGCUCGCUGCCCCGGGACGGCGCGCUCCCGGCGGGGCCCCGCGGGGCCGCCCGCGCCGCGCAGGACGCGCUGCAGCAGUUCAAGCAGCACAGCCGGCACUCGGCGCACGGAGCGCUGGAGAUCACAAUUCUAACGAGCCAGCCCAGCAAAGAAAUGGUAAAGCAGCUGGAAAAUAACUUAAAAGAUGUGGAUCUCAUGAGUCUGCGAAGGAUACAAGUCAUCGAGGUUCUGAGGAGAGACUUUGUGGAGCCCGAGGCCGUGGAGCAGGGCGGGCCGGCGGAGGAGCCCGGCGGCUCUGAUAUUGCAAUCCUGGGAAUGGACAUCGACGUGCAAACCAUAGAGGACAACGUCAUCAGCUUGGAGAUGCUGUUUAAAACGUGGCUGCACGACUACGGCACAGAGAGAGAACACGUCCACCUCCUGCUGCCCUCGGGAGCCUUCGGCCACGCCACCGCACCCAAGCCCAGCCUAAUGUGCCUGAAGUGCGAUUUGCAGGAGAGAUUGCUUGACCCAGCUCUGCUUUCCGGGGCGGCUGACGGCACCACGAGAGCAGCAGAUGUGAAUUCCCCGUGCCAGAUGGCAGCCUGGCCAGCUACGGUGCUGCAUGAACUCCGGGUUGUAAAGGCUCUGAAGGCCGAAGGCGUCUGCGAGUCUGUGCUCUACGGCCUGCCCUUCAUCAUCAGGCCCACGAGCUGCUGGCAGCUGGACUGGGAUGAACUGGAGAUGAACCAGCACAGCUUCCAGGCGCUGUGCCGCGGCCUCCUGAAAAGAAAGUGGAUGCUUUUGGCCAAACGCGAGCCACAGAACAGCAGUGCAAACUGGAACAGCGUGGUGCAUCCCUACUACAUCAUUGCUCCUUCCGACUCCGCCACGCUCCUUCUCAAAGCCGUGGCCACCAGAGAGCUCCUGCUGCCGUCGACCUUCCCGGCGCUCCCGGCCGAGCAUCCCGAGCGAGCGCGCGGCGCCGUGGAGAGUGCCCUGAACAGCUUGGAAGUGGAAGUUGCUUAUAACCCCCUGCACCUCAAAAGCAACCUCUACAAAUACUUGAAGAGCGUGUUGUACAAACCUCUGCAGAGGCAGCCGGCCCAGCCCAGGGACCAGCGACCGGAGCGGCAUCAGCCCAAGCAGCAUCAGAGCAGAGCCAAAGCCACGGUGGCACCUCUUCUGAUGGCUCCUUCUCCUGUCCAAGCGUUCAGACCAGCAGCAACCCAGAGGGAUUCCUGUGAGCGCUCCCUGUUCCCCACAGAGGACGAAGAGUUCCUGCAGUGAACCCGGCGCUGCCAAGCCUGCCCACGUGCAGCCAGGGGCCUGGCUGCUUCCUCGGCCGCCAAGCCUGCGCGCUGGGCCGGCAGCAGUCAGGCGAGACACGGAGCUUGGCCUUGGGCAGACAAACACUUCCCAUCGUUUGUUCCUCCUCGUUGUUUUAUGGUUCUGUUAGUCAGCAGGUCAGUGUGCAGGACGCUUGCUGCUCCGGGGCCCUCUGUGCAGACACUCAGCUCCCCCCGCAGCACCCCCUAUUUCCCACUCUCGUCAGCACAUCACCAGCACACCUCACAUCUGCGUUUCCAGGACUGGGUUAGUACAGGCCACAAACCACACGCUGCCGUCAGUGGGUGCAGAAAAGCUGCAAGGCAGGCGCUGAGGAAGUCGGACAGCUAGAGCAGGUAGAGACGCCAGCUGCUCUCACCCUGCAGGAACAGGUUCAUAAAACAGGGCUUUGAAUUUAAUCUUAAAGCCCAGAAACCAAGAGCAGCAUUACCUGUGGUGACGUCCGUCUGCUUGCUCCCACGGACAACGUGUCCGUCCAGCUCCCCAGCUCCCGACGGGGCUGUGGCCGGUGCCGCGCCAGCUGUGCCGCCCGCUGGCUGCUGCGCGGUGCCGCUCAGAGCUGCGGCACAGCGCCGCUGUCCCGCCGCGGCCCAUGGCACCCGCGGGGCGGUUCUGCAGCCAGCACAGCAGUGUUCCCGGCAGGGUUCAGACGACAGGGAGCUGGUGUGGGGCUCUCCAGAGCUUCUGCCCCACACCCGCACAGACACCAGCCUGGUUUUCGGUGCAGAUUUGGGACAAGUGCCCCUGGCAGGGCAGCUCGACUGAGCCAAGGUGUGUGUGGGGGUCUCACUGGGCUUCUGGGGACCAAGCACCAGCAGGAGUUUGUGUUCUACUUUGUUCUGACAAGCUGUUUCAAAAUAAAGUUAUUGACAGAA